CCCUCGACAAUACCUCGCUCGGCCUUUCAAUCCUCCACUUCCAGCGAUGGAGCCCUUUCUGUGGUUCCUGACUCUCUCGUUCAGCCUCCUCCUCCACUCUGAUGAUGUCACAGGAACAACCUGCGGUCCGGUGGAUCCGAUCACAGGAGGGAGGUCCUCCAGCCCCCCUCGUCCUCGGCCGGGCAGUGUGUUAGAGUACCACUGUCCGGCCGGCUUUCGCCCUUUUCCUGUCGCCUGGAGGGUGUGUAUGCAGUCCGGACGCUGGAGCCCUCUGCGCAACGCACAGAGGGAGAGGUCGCAGACUGCCCAUUGCCGACCGUACCGGUGCGUGAGCCCAAUGCUCCUAGAGCAUGGAUACUUCCAGCCACGUCUCCUCCAGUACCGCGUCAACCAGACGGUGCAGUUCAUCUGCAACCAGGGCUUUGCACUCCUUGGCUCCCCCACUCGGACCUGCCUCUCCAAUGGGCGCUGGAGUGGAAAUGCUGCCAUCUGCUAUGCCGGAGGUGUACACAUCUACUUCCUGCUGGACGCAUCCGGCAGCGUGGGCGAGGAGAAUUUUCAGAAGACGCUGGAAUUCGUCACUGCAUUCAGCGAGAAGAAAUGUGUGUUUCCUAAGAAGGGGGCUGAUGUCAGUGGUGGUGAUACUGGGUCCUGCAGCUGUGAGGACGCGUGA